AUGGCGGAUGAAGAAUACUCGAGGGCGUCUGCCGACGCGGAUCGUGAGAUGACGAGGCUCUGGCGCACAUGGAGAACGGUUUUUGAGAUGCUGGCAGAUCGGGGCUAUGAGGUGACCGAAGAAGAGAUAAAAAUUUCUCUCGACGAGUUCAGGACGAGAUAUUCAGACGCUCUUGGAUUUCCUGAUCGCAAUAAGAUGAAAAUUAGCGCCCGCCCUUCGCAGACAAUGAUGGACAAAUACACUCCCCUCCCCACAGCUUCAAAACCAAACCCAGUCCCCGAAUGCGGCACUAUUUACGUCGAGUUUUGCGCCGAUAUGCAGAGCGUCGGAACAAAACAGAUUCGUGCAUUUAACCAUUUCAUCGACGAACAAAACUAUCACACUGGUAUCUUCGUUAGCCAAACGCCAAUAUCUCCGUCUGCCAUGCGAGUACUCAAUAGCAUACCGGGCCGUUUCUGUGAACACUUUCAGGAACAGGAACUUCUAGUCAAUAUUACACAUCACGAACUAGUACCGAAGCACGUUCUUCUUAGCGCGGAGGAGAAGAAACGGCUCCUGCAGCGAUAUCGGUUAAAAGAAUCCCAGCUUCCGCGUAUCCAGAGCGGAGACCCCGUGGCGAAAUACCUAGGUUUGCGACGAGGACAAGUUGUGAAGAUCAUCAGAAGGAGUGAAACCGCUGGACGAUAUGCCAGUUAUCGCUGGGUUACUUAA